GGGGAAGAAAAACAAAAGAGAUGACAGGACAGAGUGGACAAGUUUGAGUGUGUGUGGAUUUGAGUUUGAGUGUGUGUGCUGUGAGUGAGUGAGUGUGCUUCUAACUGAGCUCUAUUAGGGUGACGGGAGAGUUUGGACGUCGCGCCAUGGCCCAGCUUGUGGAAUGUGUGCCCAACUUCUCGGAGGGUCGGAACAAAGAGGUAAUUGAUGCAAUAGCAGAUGCCAUCUCUGGUACUGAGGGAUGCAGUCUCCUGGAUGUGGACCCAGGCUCCUCCACCAACCGCACCGUCUACACCUUCGUGGGCUCUCCACAAGCCGUGGUGGAGGGGGCCAUGAAUGCAGCCCGCGUGGCCUUCCAGCUUAUAGACAUGACCAAGCACUCAGGGGAGCAUCCUCGCACCGGGGCCAUGGACGUGUGUCCCUUCAUCCCUGUACAGAACGUCACCAUGGACGACUGUGUCACCUGUGCCAACCAGUUUGCACAGAGACUGUCUGACGCACUGCAUGUUCCUGUGUAUCUGUAUGGAGCAGCAGCACGACAGGAGAGUAGGAGAUCUCUGCCUGCGGUGCGUGCCGGAGAGUAUGAGGCCCUUCCAGAGAAGCUGAAAAAGAGCGAGUGGGCCCCUGAGUACGGCCCGGCUGCGUUCGUGCCGUCCUGGGGGGCCACGGUGACGGGGGCCCGUAAGUUCCUCAUCGCCUACAACGUGAACCUCCUGAGCACCAAGGAGCAGGCCCACCGCAUCGCACUGGACGUACGCGAACAGGGACGCGGAAAAGACCAGCCAGGUCUUCUGAAGAGUGUACAGGGGAUGGGCUGGUACCUGGAUGAGUCCAAUCUGGCCCAGGUGUCCACCAACAUCCUGGACUUUGAGCUGACGCCACUGCACACCGUCUAUGAGGAGAUCUGCAGAGACGCUCGGGAGUUGAAUCUGCCUGUGGUGGGCUCCCAGAUCGUGGGUCUGAUCCCUCUCAAGGCCGUGCUGGACUGUGCCGACUUCUACAUCCGGAAAGAGAAACUCUUCAUUGUGGAGGAGGAGCACAAAGUACGGCUGGUCAUCAGCAAGCUGGGCCUGGACUCCCUGGGGCCGUUUGUUCCCAAAGAGAGAAUCAUCGAGUACAUGGUGGAGGGGAGUGAAGGGGACAGUCGUCUGGUGUGCCAGCCCCUGCAGCAGUUUGUGCGGAGUGUGGGGGCCAGGACCGCCGCCCCGGGGGGAGGCUCUGUCUCUGCGGCUGUGGCUGCCAUGGGGGCAGCUCUGGGUGCCAUGGUGGGGCAGAUGACGUACGGCAAGAGGCAGUUUGAGAACCUGGAUGGCAUCAUGAGGCGCCUGAUCCCCCCUUUCCACCAGGCCAUGAACGAACUACUGGACAUGGUGGACGCAGACUCCUCCGCCUUCAACUCAUACAUGGCAGCGUUGAAAUUGCCCAAGAGUAGCCCAGAGGAAGUGAAAAGGAGGGAGGCCGCCAUGCAAGACGGCCUGAAGAAAGCCGUGGGGGUGCCCUUGUCCCUGGCCGAGCGCGUCACCCAGCUCUGGGCCCCCCUCAAGGAGAUGGUGACCCAUGGCAACGUGGCUUGCAAGUCCGACGCACAGGUAGCGGCUAAGGCCCUGGAGACGGCUGUGUUUGGAGCCUACUACAAUGUCAUCAUCAACCUCAAAGACAUCACAGAUGAGGCCUUCAAAAACACAACUCAUGCGAGGGCGACAGCUCUGUUGAAGGAGGCCCAGGAGAGCGCCAGGGGAGUCCUGGAGGCAGCAGACGCACGACCAUAGAGGAGGAGAAGGACUGGUGAUAGGAGGAGAGGAGAGGAGAGGAGAGGAGAGGAGAGAAGAGGAGAGGA